AACACAUAAUUUUUUAUUCUUCUGCUCAGCAUAACUUUGUGAAAGUUAUGAACGGUCCAACAUAAUUUGUGAACAUGUAAUUUUUCAUUUUUUCCGCCCAUCAUAACUUUGUGAAAGGUUGGAAAGAUGUUACUGCAAUACUCCAAAUUGACAUGCAUUGUUCUUGUGAAGAUUGCACCAAAAAAGUUCUCAAAUGUGUUCCCGAUUUGGCUUAAUUCAUGGUUGAAGAUAGAGCAAAUUGCAACUGUGUACAAGAUUACAAUUGCUGGAAAAUUGGAUCCGUCGGAACUCCGACAGAAAAUAGGGAAGAAACUGAAGAUGAUUGUAAACAUCUUAUCACAUAAUAUUGACAAAGAGGAAAUUGAUAUCGAACAGAAGCAUCAUUGCAAGAAGCUUCCACUGAAGACUGCAUUAACCCGAACCGGAGGUAACAAGAAGAUUCACAAAAGUAUUACCCGAACCGGAGUGAUCUCUCAUGGAAUCAAUGCUGGGGACAUGAAAAAAUUCAAAUGCAAUGGCUUGAUGAUGCACACGAAUAAGCAAGAUACAAAAGAGUACCAACAGACGGAGAUGUUCCUAAGAAAGCCCGUCCCUGGCAUGUCGGAGGAGGAGUAUACAAUAGUGACCCGCAAAGUCGCACAACAUGAUAAUAUUGGGUUACUUCCUAGGAUCCCCUUUGAUCCUAGAGGGAGGGACUUCUGGACAACCAUAGGAUGUCCAUUCACCGGUCUAUUUCUAUGCGGGUACACAGUCUAUGACCUUACAUCCAUAGCAGAUAAAGGGAUAGUAUCGGUCAAUUUGAUGUCAUCAACCAUCAAAGAGGCCGGCUCUCCUCUCAAGGACGUGGGGAAAUGAAUUAAACAGGGUUUUAGAAUAAACCAUCGCUUGUGAUAGAUUCAUUCUAUAUGUUGCUAGUGUUUGGAUUGUUGUAAAGGACUAUCUUCUUACUAGAGCAUAUUUUCUUUCCCUAAAUUAGGCAAUGCUUUCUAAGGGGAACUAUAAGUUUUAGAUACAGUACAUUAGACAAAUUUUGAAUUCUUCCUGCAGAUUCUCUAUUUUUCUUUCUUUCAUUGUAUUUUCCUUCUUUAAUAUUUCAAG